AUGGAAACUCGAAGCCGCAAGCGUGCGGAGGCGACCUCAACUGCCCCAUCUUCUUCCUCCUCUCCUCCUCCUUCAGGUCCCACCACUCGUAGCAAACGCGCUCGCCUCUCGUCUUCCUCCUCCUCCUCCUCAGUCGCCGCCGCUACCACCGCCACCGCACCUUCCUCAUCCACUCGCUCUCGUUCCUCUCGCUCCACCUCUACAGCUACUCCCAUGGACACAGAGUCUUCUGGAUUCCGCCGCGGCGGCGGAGGAGGAAGAGGUAACAGGGGAAACGAUAACUCCGACAAGGGAAAAGAGAAGGAGCAUGAAGUUAGGAUUAGGGAUAGAGAAAGAGAGAGAGCUGCUAGACAACAGCUCAACAUGGAAGCAGCUGCUGCAGCCGCCGCGGCGGCUGAUGAGGAUGAUGAUAAUGAUAGUGAGGAUGGAAACGGUGGAUUCAUGCAUCCAAACAUGAGCUCAGCGAGCAGUGCUUUACAAGGAUUGCUUAGGAAGCUUGGAGCUGGACUUGAUGACUUGCUUCCUUCCUCUGGUAUCGGAGGCUCGGGCUCUUCUUCUCACUUGAAUGGGAGGAUGAAGAAGAUACUUGCGGGAUUGCGUUCCGAAGGAGAAGAGGGGAAGCAGGUGGAGGCGUUGACUCAGCUCAGUGAGAUGUUAUCUAUUGGGACUGAAGACUCCUUGAGCACGUUCUCUGUUGAUUCCUUCGUCCCGGUUCUUGUUGGUCUGCUUAACAAUGAAAGUAAUCCGGAUAUUAUGAUUCUUGCUGCUAGGGCUCUUACUCAUCUUUGUGAUGUGUUGCCUUCUUCUUGUGCUGCUGUUGUUCAUUACGGGGCUGUUUCUUGCUUUGUGGCAAGAUUGAUAACAAUAGAAUACAUGGACUUGGCCGAACAGUCUUUGCAAGCUCUCAAAAAGAUAUCUCAGGAACACCCAACGGCCUGUUUGCGAGCAGGUGCUCUUAUGGCUGUGCUAUCAUAUCUGGAUUUCUUCGCCACUGGAGUCCAGCGUGUUGCACUAGCCACUGCUGCAAAUAUGUGCAAGAAGUUACCUUCUGAUGCAUCUGAUUAUGUUAUGGAAGCUGUACCGUUAUUGACAAACUUACUUCAGUAUCAUGAUUCGAAGGUUUUGGAAUCUGCUUCUAUCUGUUUGACUCGGAUUGCCGAAGCAUUUGCAUCGCACCCUGAGAAAUUAGAUGAAUUAUGCAACCAUGGCCUGGUGACUCAAGCUGCGUCUCUUAUAUCCACUAGCAACUCCGGAGGUGGGCAAGCAUCUCUCGGUGUUUCGACAUACACGGGGUUAAUCCGAUUACUUUCCACCUGUGCGAGCGGGUCACCUCUUGGAUGCAGAACAUUACUGCUUCUCGGUAUUAGUAGCAUUCUUAAGGAUAUUCUGUCGGGUUCUGGUGUCUCUGCUAAUGCAUCUAUAUCCCCAGCACUGAGCAGGCCUGCAGAUCAGAUUUUUGAGAUAGUCAACUUAGCGAACGAGCUCCUCCCUCCAUUGCCAGAAGGAAGUAUCUCCCUUCCUACUAGUGCAAACACAUUGGUGAAAGGUUCAGGCCCAAAAAAAUCUUCUCCAAGUACUUCAGGAAAACAAGAAGAUUCUCUAAAACUUUCACCUAGAGAACAAUUACUUCGUGAUCAACCCGAACUUCUUCAGCAAUUUGGAUUGGAUCUUCUUCCAGUUUUAGUGCAGAUUUAUGGUUCUAGUGUCAAUGGUACUAUUCGUCAUAAAUGUCUCUCAGUUAUCGCAAAGUUGAUGUAUUUCAGCACUUCAGAAAUGAUUCAGUCUUUAAUUGGUGACACAAAUAUAUCGAGCUUCUUGGCUGGUGUCUUGGCAUGGAAAGAUCCACAAGUCUUGGUUCCUGCUCUACAAGUUGCAGAAAUUCUCAUGGAGAAACUUCCUGAAACUUUUUCGAAAGUGUUUGUGAGGGAAGGGGUGGUUCAUGCUGUAGAUCAACUUGUCUUGGUUGGUAAACCUAUUUCUUAUGCUUCUCCUACUGAUAAGGAAAAUGACUGUGUACCUGGAUCCGCACGAUCUAGGCGUUAUAGACGGCGAAAUAGUAAUGCCAGUUCUGAUGGAAAUCACUCGGAAGAGGUUAAGAAUUCUGUGUCUGCUAGCAUAGGUGCAAACCAUAAUUCCCUGGAAUCUCCUACAGCGAGCUUCAUGCUAAGGGAAACAGUUAGCUCCUGUGCAAAAGCGUUUAAAGACAAGCACUUCCCGUCUGAUGGUGGGGAAUUUGAUGUUGGAGUUACAGAUGAUCUCUUGCAUCUGAAGAAUCUUUGCACAAAGCUAACUGCUGGUACAAAUGAUCACAAAGUUAAAGGAAAGGGAAAAUCUAAAGCCUCUGGGCCAUGCCUUGGCGAUUUUUCUGCUAGCAAGGAAGAAUACUUGAUUGGUAUCAUCUCCGAGAUACUUGGCGAGCUAAGCAAAGGGGAUGGCGUCUCAACUUUUGAGUUUAUUGGCAGUGGUGUGGUUGCAGCAUUGCUUAACUAUUUUUCUUAUGGAUACUUUUCCAAAGAGAAGAUAUCCGAGUUUGAUUUGCCCAAACUUCGUCAGGAUGGGCUCAGAAGGUUCAAAGCUUUUCUAGAAGUUGCACUUCCCUCUGAUGGUAGUGAGGGAAAGAUCCCUCCAAUGACUGUUUUAAUUCAGAAACUUCAAGAUGCUUUAUCUUCACUGGAACGUUUUCCGGUCGUUCUUAGCCAUCCCUCAAGGUCACUCAGUGGAAGUGCUCGUCUCUCAUCUGGAUUGAGUGCGUUGGCACAACCUUUGAAGUUGCGGUUGUGCCGUGCUCCAGGAGAGAAGGCACUACGUGAUUACUCCUCCAAUAUUGUUCUCAUAGAUCCAUUGGCAAGCUUAGCAGCGGUGGAGGAAUUUCUCUGGCCCCGUGUUCAACGCAGUGAAUCUAGUGUGAAGCCAGCAGCGCCUACUGGAAAUACUGAGCCAGGCACAUUACCUAGCAGUGCUGGUGUUUCAUCACCAUCCUCGUCUACUCCAGUUUCCACCACUCAUCGUCCUUCUUCUAGAUCUAGAUCAGCAAUUAACAUAGGUGAAGCCUCAAAGAAAGAACCUGUCCAUGAGAAAGGUACCAGCUCAUCUAAAGGUAAAGGUGUCAUGAAGCCGGCUCAGCGGGAUAAGGGGCCUCAAACAAGGAGCAGUGCUCAGAGGAGAGCUGUCCUUGACAAAGAUACACAAAUGAAACCAGUUAGCGGAGACUCCAGCUCUGAGGAUGAAGAAUUGGAUAUAUCUCCCGUUGACAUGGAUGAUGCUUUGGUGAUUGAAGAGGAAGACAUUUCUGACGAUGAAGAUGAUGAGGAUGAGGAUGUCUUGGAUGACAGUCUCCCCAUGUGCACACCUGAUAAGGUUCAUGAUGUAAAAUUGGGGGAUGCAGUGGAUAGUGACGGUGCCGGUCUAGUAACUAGCGGCGGACAGAUGAAUUCAGCUUUAGGAGGCACUAGUGGAACAGCUGCUGCAAGGGGAUCUAAUUCUACUGAUACUGGCAUUGGGAAUCUUUACGGUUCUAGGGGUGCACUCUCCUUUGCUGCUGCCGCGAUGGCUGGGCUUGGAGCGGCCAGUGGUAGAGGUAUCAGGGGAAGUAGAGACCUGCAUGGGCGUACCCUGAAUCGAAGUUCUGAUGAGUCCUCUAAGUUGAUGUUUACUGCGGGAGGGAAGCAACUUAGUAGGCAUAUGACGAUUUAUCAGGCUGUGCAACGACAACUUAUGCUAGACGAAGAUGAAGAUGACAGGUUCGGUGGCAGCGAUUUCAUCUCGAGUGAUGGAAGCAGAUUAAAUGAUAUUUGUACUAUCAUGUACCAGAUGCCGGACAGCCAAGCGAAUAGGUUGUCUGCUGGUGGUGCAAGUUCUACCACAGCGUCUAAAUCCUCUAAAUCUGCUACUGCUAAUACAAGCGUAGAAUCCCAGUCGUAUAGGGCAUCUCUUCUGGAUAGUAUCUUACAAGGAAAGCUUCCAUGUGACCUUGAGAAGUCAAAUUCUACGUAUAAUGUUCUGGCCUUGUUGCGUGUAUUAGAGGGUUUAAAUCAGCUUGCCCCUCGGUUAAGAGCCCAAGCUGUUUCUGAUCAUUUCGCAGAGGGUAAAGUUACAAGUCUAGAUGAUCUAGAUACAACUGCUGCUAAGGUUUCUCACGAAGAAUUCAUCAACAGCAAACUUACACCCAAAUUAGCUCGACAGAUCCAGGAUGCGCUUGCUUUGUGUAGUGGAAGUCUUCCUUCUUGGUGCUACCAGUUGACUACAGCAUGCCCGUUUUUGUUUCCGUUUCAGACCCGGAGACAGUAUUUCUAUUCAACUGCCUUUGGGUUGUCGCGUGCAUUAAACCGUUUGCAGCAGCAGCAAGGUGCUGACGGCAGUGGUUCUUCAAAUGAACGAGAGAUGAGAAUAGGGAGAUUGCAGCGCCAGAAAGUCCGUGUAUCUCGAAAUAGAAUAUUAGAUUCUGCUGCGAAAGUUAUGGAGAUGUAUUCUAGCCAAAAAGCUGUGCUUGAAGUAGAAUAUUUUGGUGAAGUUGGUACUGGUCUAGGCCCCACACUUGAGUUUUACACACUCCUAAGCCAUGAUUUGCAAAAGGUUUCCCUCGGGAUGUGGAGAUCAAAUUCUGGUGACAAGGUAUCUAUGCAAACUGAUAGAGAUGAGAUUCAAGACGGGAAAUCAGCAGCUGCUAGGGACAGAGAUAUAGUUCAGGCACCACUUGGGUUGUUUCCACGUCCCUGGCCCUCAACAGCUGAUGCAUCUGAAGGUAGCCGGUUUCAUAAAGCUAUUGAAUAUUUCCGCCUCUUAGGGCGCGUGAUGGCAAAGGCACUUCAAGAUGGACGGCUAAUGGACGUCCCGUUGAGUACAGCGUUUUAUAAGCUUAUUCUUGGUCAAGAGCUUGAUUUGUAUGACAUUAUAUCAUUUGAUGCUGAGCUUGGCAAGACUUUGCAAGAGCUUCGUGUUCUUGUUGAUCGUAAGCACUAUCUGGAAGCAGAAGAUGGUGACAACAGUAGCGUGAUUUCUGAUUUGUGUUUACGUGGAUCCCGUAUUGAAGAUCUUUGCUUGGACUUCACCCUACCCGGCUAUCCUGAAUACAUAUUGAGACCAGGAGAUGACAUUGUUGAUAUAAAUAGUCUUGAGGACUAUAUAUCCUUGGUCGUUGAUGCUACUGUCAAGAGAGGAGUUGCCCGGCAGAUUGAAGCCUUCAGAUCUGGGUUCAAUCAGGUCUUUGACAUAAAAUCUCUACAAAUAUUCACCCCUUCUGAGCUGGACUACUUAUUGUGUGGUCGUAGAGAGUUGUGGGAGGCGGACACUCUUGUUGAACAUAUCAAGUUCGAUCACGGUUAUACUGCAAAAAGUCCGGCAAUCAUUAACUUAUUGGAGAUCAUGGGAGAGCUUACAGCAGAUCAACAACGGGCUUUCUGCCAAUUUGUAACUGGAGCUCCUAGGCUUCCCCCUGGUGGCUUAGCUGUUCUGAACCCAAAGCUGACGAUUGUGAGAAAGCACUCAUCAACCUCAAAUGCGGCAGCCAAUGGGGCAGGGGCUUCGGAAACAGCAGACGAUGAUCUUCCCAGCGUCAUGACUUGCGCCAACUACCUUAAGUUGCCUCCUUAUUCUACAAAGGAAAUCAUGUACAAGAAACUGCUCUACGCCAUCAACGAAGGGCAGGGAUCGUUCGAUCUCUCAUAGGCAUCUCUGUAUUGAGGGCGACGGAAGCUAUAAACCAACCCUCUCUGUACAUUAUACAUCGGAAGACUCUGAAUUUAAAGGCCGAAGAUGUCCUGAAAGACAGGUGGUGACUGUUCUUGAAUCGUCUCUUCGCCGUCCCAGAGACUUGUAAUGAGAGAAUGUUGUGUUAUCUGAAACGUCGCAUGCAUUCCUGUCUGUGCAGGGUCUGCUGAAAGAAUGCUAUUAUAGUGUAGAUAAAGUAAGAUGGAUGAUAGGCUUAUUUACUUUCCCCCUUCAGAUUUUACUUGGUCGGUCAAAAUACUAAAACUAUGGAUUCUCCCUUUAGAUUUCAUUUGGCCUGCACUUCGAAUGUUAUUUCUAUUAAACCCUGAAUUAUAAAAGUUAGCUUCAAU